GUCAGGGUUUAUUGUCAUGGCAUGGAAACCGAAACCCCAACGGAAUACAUAACUCUGAAACACCCAAAUAUGGGAGAAAACCCGGACAAAUCUGACAGAGACUGCACGGGACAUACGACUCGUUCGAGAUUUGGGAAGAACACAGGGAAAAUUGUAUAUACCAAAGUGAGAAUACACAUACUGACGAUGGUAGCUGACGAAUAUGAUGUCACGUUUGCGAAAUAUUAUGGAAAACUAAAACAAAGUAAGAAGCCAAUACGUUUCGGACACGCAAGGGACCAGUAUACAAAACACUACAAACGCAAGAAAUCGAAAUGUGGGCCAAUAGGCACGUUUGACAUCGAUAUGCGCGGAACGGGGCUAAAGGUUGACGACAAUCUUACAUGGCUUCCUUUUGGAAUUAAACCAUAUGCAGAAUGGUCCAGAGAAUAUGCAAAUGCCACAGUGCAUCUUCGAUGUGGUGGAUUUGGCGGCUGGUGUCUACCGAUGGAGCUGAUAACGUUUGUGCCAAAUCCAAAUGACAUAUAUUAAAAUCUGAAAACCUGCUAAACCCCAGAGCAGUGCAAGAAGAUAUUAUCUACUAGAAAGGAACGUUUAAGAAUGUUAUGACCAAACAUGCCCACAAAACCCCCACAUACACACAAAAAAAGGAAAAUGUAUGAGACUAUACACAAUCCAGCGUCAUUCAAUAGUGGCUAUGCCAUGUCU